UUCCCCACCCCAUUAGACCACCACCCUUGGCUUGGAUUUGCUUUGCUUUCUCCCCUCGCACCGGGGAACGCGGCCGCCGAUCCGCUCCCGAUCCCCUCCCCCUUCCCGCCGCCCGAUCCCACCAAAUCCGCUCCCGCGCUGCCCCCGAUUCGAUUACCUAGCUCGAUUGGCCCCUCCCGAUCAGCCGCGGCACAGGCUGUUUCUGGUUUGAUUGGAUCCCCGUGCGGAGCUGUGGAUCCCCAAUUGAGCAGCCGCGUGCGGGCGGGAGGAUUGCGCUAGGGUUUCGGCGGGCGCGGGCGCGGUCUCCGUGUGGGCGGGCGGGCGGGUAGGGUUUUGCCAUGGCGGAGAAGGGCUGCCUCAAGCGGCUCCAGAAGGAGUACCACGCGCUCUGCAAGGAGCCGCCGCCGCAGAUCGUGGCUCGCCCGCUGCCCAACGACAUAUUGGAGUGGCACUAUGUUCUUGAAGGAAGUAAAGGCACACCCUUUGAAGGUGGAUAUUACUAUGGGAAACUUAAAUUUCCACCAGAUUAUCCUUUUAAACCUCCAAGUAUCAGCAUGACAACCCCUAGCGGUAGGUUUGCGCCACACAAAAGAAUAUGCCUGUCAAUGAGUGACUUUCAUCCUGAGUCUUGGAAUCCAAUGUGGUCUGUAGCAAGCAUUCUUACUGGGCUCCUGUCAUUCAUGAUGGAUGAUGCUCUGACAACUGGAAGCAUCAAGACUUCAGAUGCAGAAAAGAGGCGCUUAGCAAAAGCUUCCCUUGCAUACAAUUGCGAGAGCAAAAACUGCCCACACUUCAGGAAGCUGUUCCCAGAGUACGUUGAGAAGUACAACCAACAGCAACAAUUGGAGAAUACAGCUGCAGAAUCGGAGCCCCGGGAGAAUCCUGCUGCACCUGCUCCAUCUCCUGCAGUCCAGCAAGCUCCAGUUGUUGCCAAUAGAGCACAGCCAGUGGCAGAGGCGCACCGCGAGAAGAACCAGAAGAAGGCAGUGCCCUUCUGGAUGGUGCUGGUCAUGUUUUCAGUUUUUGGUGCCGUGAUGGCCUUGCCCCUAAUGCAACUUUGACAAUAAUAAAGGACUAUGAGAAAAGUGUGAUACCGGGGCAUAAUUUUGUAUAGUUUUCCAUUGGUUUGUGUGACUCAAUUGUCCUCUUGGAGUCAUGUCGGUGAACAUGUGAUGGUAAAUCUGUAGAACCGUAUUCUCACUCUUGACAAGCAGCAUCAGAAGGUCGCUCAUUUUCUUUCUUCUGUUUA